GAGGUGUGGCAAAACCGUGGACAUACAAAUAAAUGGGAUUGCGAUUGGUUCGCCCUUUAUGUUCUCGGCACUCAGUGGGCGUCGAGCGAAGGCUGAAGGAAGUGUGACUGGCGGCUCCAGGAAGCCGGAGAGCAGACAUGCCUCGGUAUGCGCAACUCGUCAUGGGCCCUGCCGGCAGCGGGAAGAGCACCUAUUGUGCCACCAUGGUCCAGCACUGUGAAGCCCUCAACCGAUCAGUCCAAGUUGUAAACCUAGAUCCAGCAGCAGAACACUUCAACUACCCUGUGAUGGCUGACAUCCGGGAACUGAUCGAGAUAGAUGAUGUGAUGGAAGAUGAUUCUCUGAGGUUCGGUCCCAAUGGAGGAUUGGUAUUUUGCAUGGAGUACUUUGCCAAUAAUUUUGACUGGCUAGAGAACUGUCUUGGUCACGUGGAGGAUGACUACAUCCUUUUUGAUUGUCCAGGUCAGAUUGAGUUGUAUACUCACCUGCCUGUGAUGAAACAUCUGGUCCAACAAUUAGAACAGUGGGAGUUCCGAGUCUGUGGAGUUUUUCUUGUUGAUUCUCAGUUCAUGGUGGAGUCAUUCAAGUUUAUUUCUGGGAUUCUGGCAGCCUUGAGUGCCAUGAUCUCUCUAGAAAUUCCACAAGUUAAUAUCAUGACAAAAAUGGAUCUGCUGAGUAAGAAAGCAAAAAAGGAAAUUGAGAAAUUUCUAGAUCCAGACAUGUAUUCUUUGUUAGAAGAUUCUACAAGUGCCUUAAGAAGCAAAAAAUUCAAAAAACUCACUAAAGCUAUAUGUGGACUGAUUGAUGACUACAGCAUGGUUCGAUUUUUACCUUAUGAUCAGUCAGAUGAAGAAAGCAUGAACAUUGUAUUACAACAUAUUGAUUUUGCCAUUCAAUAUGGCGAAGACUUGGAAUUUAAAGAACCAAAGGAACGUGAAGAUGAGUCUUCCUCUAUGUUUGAUGAAUAUUUUCAAGAAUGCCAGGGUGAAUGAAGAGUUUACUAGAAGCAACUGGAUCUGAAGAGCUGUGGCUGUAUCAGCAGAAUGUUCUCUUCAAAGGAUGCAAUAGCAGAAGUCUAAUUUUUUUUUUUCUUUGUGGUUUUUGGCCGGGGCUAGGUUUGAACCCGCCACCUCCAGCAUAUGGGACCGGCGCCCUACUCCUUGAGCCACAGGUGCUGCCCAGAAAUCUAAUUUUUUUAAUGAAAAAAAAAAGUACUUGGCUCUUGAUCAGCAGCAUAUCUGAAUCAAGUUAUUAGUUAUUCUGAAACUUUUACUCUUUUUUUGUUGUUGCAGUUUGGCCGGGGCCGGGUUUGAACCCACCACUGUCCGUAUAUGGGGCCGGUGACCUACCCACUGAGCCACAGGUGCCACCCAAAACUGUUACUCUUAAAAGUAACUGUUACUGUUACUCUUAGUAUUAUUUCAACAGCAUCAAUUUCAAUUUUUAAAAGUCAAAAUUGAGAGGAUUGCUCAUAGAUUUGUAUAUAAUGUAAAUUAGUACCUGCUACAGUUAACGCUAGUUUGACCUUAUUUUUCCUGGGGUUGUUUUUUACUUUUUUUUUUUUUUUUUUUGAGACAGAGUCUCACUCUGUAGCCCUGGGUAGAGUGCUGUAUCAUUGUAGCUUACAACAACCUCAAACUCUUGGGCUUAAGCAGUCCUCUUGCCUCAGCCUCCCAAGUAGCUGGGACUACAGGUACCUGCCACAACGCCCAGCUAGUUUUUCUACUUUUAGUAGAGAUGGAGUCUACUCUUGCUCAGGCUAGUCUCAAUCCUGAGCUCAAGCAAUCCACCCUCCUUGGCCUCCCAGAGUGCUAGGAUUACAGGUGUGAGCCACCGCACUCACACAGUUUCCUGUUUGUGUUGUUUUUGAGGGGAGAAGUUAUUAUAACACCUUUUUUUUUUUUUUUUUAGUUUUUGGCCAGGGCUGGGUUUGAACCCGCCACCUCCGGCAUAUGAGGCCAGCGCCCUACUCCAUUGAGCCACAGGCACCGCCCUCUAUAACACACACACACAUAUAUAUACAUACAUAUAUAUACACACACAUAUAUAUACAUAUUUAUGUAUGUAUAUAUAAAUAUACACACACACACACUUCCAAAAGGAAAAAUCUGGAAGGAUAUAGAUAAAACCAUUGCUCAUCUGUAUCUUCCCAUUUUCCUAUACUGAAAAUAUAUUAUUUGUAUAAUUUAAAAGUAACUAUGAGAUGUAUGUAUGCAUGUGUAUGUGUCAUCAUAGCUCACUACAGCCUCAAACUAUAUAUAAUAUAUACAUAAUAUGUAUAUAUGAAACAGAAAGGCAGCACUAAUGUUUCAUUACACUUGUAUUUUCCAGGCAUUAUUUGAAAUAUUCAGGGCAAAUUUUUGAAUGAAUAAAUCUCUCCAAGUGUCAAAACAUAGGUAGCAAUUGUUUUUAGAAAUGCAGUUGGUAGUCCUUGAGCAUUUAAAAAAUGUCUACAUUCCUUGAAUAAUAACAAGUACACACAAAAAUACAAAAGACACAAUUUUUCUUUGUAACUUCUUGCCACAUUGAAUUGUUCAGUAUUUCUAGGUUCGUUUGUUUUGGGCAUGAAAGCAGGCCGUGGGGCCUGUCAACUAGCACCUGUUAUGAUCCAGGCCCUACUAAAGCAAAGCUGAAUUUCCUACUAAUAAUCUUUCAUUUAAGCCUCAUAACAGGCUCAGCCUCCAUUGGUCAUCUGGUGGCAGAUCUUCCACCUGGUACAGAUUAAGCCUGUAUGGAAAACCAGCAAUUCAGGAUAAAAUUUUAAUUGUUCUUGGGCCUACAUAGCAGAAGUACACCUGCAGUGUUAAAUUUGAUUUAUUUUAAUUAAAGAAGCAACAUGUAAGUACCAGUGAUAGCUUGAGGGAAAAGUCAGGUAUCUAUACCACAGUCCACUGAUGUGAGCUGUUCUCGCAGGGCCAAUCAGGGAAGAACCUAAUGAGUAGGCAACAUUCUGGGCUGCUUGAGGACUUCCUGUAGUCCUUCAUUGUCACAUGGGAGGAGGAGAAGAAAGAGGCAACUUUUACUUGCCCUCUUCAUUGCUCCUUAAACUGUACCUCCUGCCUUAAGCUUCUGGAAACUCUGGUACAUGUUUGAGAAGGGCCAGAUUCUGUUGCGUUCCCCUCUAGAACCUAAGGUUUCUUUUUUUUUUUUUUUUUUUUUGGUAGAGACAAGAGUCUCACUGUACCACCCUCGGGUAGAGUGCCGUGGCGUCACACGGCUCACAGCAACCUCUAACUCUUGGGCUUACGCAAUUCUCUUGCCUCAGCCUCCCGAGUAGCUGGGACUACAGGCACCCACCACAACGCCCGGCUAUUUUUUUGUUGCAGUUUGGCCGGGGCUGGGUUUGAACCCGCCACCCUCGGCAUAUGGGGCCGGCGCCCUACUCACUGAGCCACAGGCGCCGCCCUAGAACCUAGGGUUUCAAAGAUGAAUCUGGCAAUUUCAGUUCCUUGGGAUUGCAGUGUCAUAGGUGAGGCUGGUCAUGACUCUUCAUGCAAAUUGACGGCACUGGGAAUAGGAUGUGGAUGCUCAGGGCAGACAAGGCCUUAUUUGCAAGGAGCUGCAGUGCUUGACCUGUGAGACUAACAACAGGCAAGGAAACCUGAUAAGGGAUGGGCAGAAAAGAAAACAUGAAAUGGAGAGUGACUUAAGGGCUACUUUGGGCUUUUGGUCAAAGAAGAUCUUACCUAUAAAAGGUGCUAUUUGAGGGGGAGGGGAGUGCUGUUUGGCCAGAGACCUGUGAGAGAAUUCAGAUGUGGGAAUGUGGGGCAGAAUAUUCCAGGCUGUGGAACUGGCAGAAGAAAAUAUCUCUCAGGCAGCAAUGACCUUGACUUUUACUAGGAGUUGCUGUCUAGUAAUAGGUUAAAAACUGAGGUUAAAUAGGUUAAAAUAUGGAGCUUUGAGUAUGACUCAGGCAUGUAAGUUCUAAAGCACUUUAUAUGUAGUUCAUUUCAUCUUAACAAAACUAUGAGGUAAAUGCUGUUCCCUCCAUUUUCACUCAAUUCCUUAUCCAACAAUACACAGCUAGUAUUUGUUGGAACUGUAUUCAAACCCAGAAACCACCUUCUCAACCAGUACACAAAGAAUAAGCAGUACUGAGAGUACAAAUCUCUUUCAUGUGCACUUUAUUUAAAAAAAAAAAAUUUAUUUUAACAUUUUUAUUAUUGUAUUUUAUUUUUUAGAUGGGGGUCUCUUGUCGCCCAGGCUGAAGUGCAGCAGCGCGAUCAUAACUCAUUACAAUCUCCCACCAACUCAGCCUCUUGAGUAGUUGAGACUAUAGGCGCUGUCCUCCACACUGAGCAAUUCCCCGUUUUAAAAAGCAGUGGGUUGGGGGGCGGCACCUGUGGCUCAAGGAGUAGGGCGCCGGUCCCAUAUGCUGGAGGUGGCGGGUUCAAACCCAGCCCCGGCCAGAAAAAAAAAAACAAUGGGUUGGCUCGGCGCCCGUAGCACAGUGGUUACAGCGCCAGCCAUAUCGAAGUUGGUGGGUUUGAACCCGGCCCAGGCCAGCUAACCAACAAUGAUAACUGCAACAACAAAAAAAAGCCAGGCUCUGUGGCGGGCGCCUGUAGUCCCAGCUACUUGGGAGGCGGAGGCAAGAGAAUCGCUUGAGCCCAAGAGUUUGGGGUUGCUGUGAGCUGUGACGUCACAGCACUCUACCUAGGGCGACAUAGUGAGACUGUCUCAAGAAAAAAAAAAAAUGGGUUGGGUUCAUUCACUAUGGGGUGGGAUGCAUUCGUGCAUCCCGAGUGAUGCAUCCUAUCACUCGGGAUGCACGGGAGAUACAGUGAUAACAAAACGGACAGAAUCGCAGCCUCUUACGUUCACAUGGAUGGGCAGACGGGACAAACAGCAAAAGUUAGAAGAGGAAUAAUAAUAACUAAGGAAAAAAGCGAAGGAGGACAAGGCAGGGGGCUGGAGUGGGGUUGAAUUUAAAAUACUAUCGCAGGCUCGGCGCCCGUGGCUCAAGCGGCUAAGGCGCCUGCCACAUCCACCUGAGCUGGCGGGUUCCAAUCCAGCCCGGACCCGCCAAACAACAAUGACGGCUGCAACCUAAAACUGGUCUGGCGUUGUAGCGGGCGCCUGUAGUCCCAGCUACUUGGGAGGCCGAGGCAGGAAAAUCGCUUGAGCCCAAGAGUUAGAGGUUGCUGUGAGCUGUGAUGCCAUGGCAUUCUACCCAGGGCGACAGCUUGAGGGUCUGUCUCAAAAAAAAAAUAAAAAGAAAUAAAAUACUAUCACCAGGAAAUGCUUCACUAGAAAGAUGAUCUUGAAAAUAAGAGGAGGCAAUUUGUCUUUGGGAUUCUGUAACUCUCAGACCGCGCUAGUCCAAGCGCGCUGUACGCAUGCGCGACACUCAGAGCUCAGCAGAGGGCGGGAGCUCCUGGUGCCCCUUCAGAUUUGCGCAGCCGCCACAGCGGCCCCUGGACUGUAAGGCCGGAAGCGCAGCGUACUCUCCUUGCCCUCCUCUUCCGGCUCUCUUCCGCUUGCCCCGCCUGGACCGCCAGACCACCGGCGCCGCGCUCUAACGUGAUCCUUCUCUGCUGGUUUAGACCCGGGUGCCGCUGAGAUGCCGGCUUACCAUUCUUCUCUCAUGGACCCUGACACCAAACUCAUUGGAAAUAUGGCACUCUUACCUAUCAGAAGUCAAUUCAAAGGACCUGCCCCUAGAGAAACUAAUGUUCUGUUCUCCUUCUCCUGUGUCCCGCUCAGCAAAAGAUACAGAUAUUGUGGAUGAAGCCAUCUAUUACUUCAAGGCCAAUGUCUUCUUCAAAAACUAUGAAAUUAAGAAUGAAGCUGAUAGGACCUUGAUAUAUAUAACUCUCUACAUUUCUGAGUGUCUAAAGAAACUCCAAAA